AUGUCAAUAGCCGUGAUCCUAUUGCUCGUCACGCUUGGUCUCGAUGGCGUCUCAAGUCUCUCGGCCGCUGCGCGCACGGACGACAUAGAGAUGGCGGCCAUGCAAGCGAUCGCCAAGUCUACCGGCGCGGACAGGUCGCUCGGGUGGGGCGUCAAGUCGGCGGAUCCAUGCGACGGCACCUGGCCAGGCGUCCGCUGCGACAAAGAUUCGCACGUCGUCGCCAUCAACGCCAGCCGCGCCGGCCUCUCCGGCACUCUCUCCGGCACCGACCUCGUCGACCUCGGGUACCUCACGGAGCUCGACCUCAGCUUCAACCGCCUGGGCGACGACAUGCCGAUCCUCCCAAGGCCUCUCACCUACCUGACGACCCUCAACCUACAGUCCAAUUCCUUCAUGGGCAUGCCAGAGACCUUCUUCCGCUCCUUCCCCGCGCUGGAGACCGUGGUCCUCGACGACAACUGGGUUAUAAUGGGGGAGCUUCUCGGCCAACAACAUCACCAUCUAUGGCCGCUUCCCGGCCUACUUCGGCAACACCACCCUUUUCCCUGUCCUUGA